AUGUGUAAGAAUCCACAUGAAAAAGUCAAAGUACUUAAAGAACUCGAUGAAGUUCUCGGCUCUGAUCCAAAGAAAUCAAUCCCGUUUGAAUCUCUCGACCGAUUAAAAUAUACAGAAGCAUUCAUUAAAGAAGUGCUACGUCUAAAUCCAGUAUUACCAUUCCUCUGGAAGAUGGCAACAAAUGACGAUACUCUGGGAGGAAUGAAGUGGAAAGCAGGAACCUCGGUGUUUAUUAAUGUUUAUGGAACACAUACACAUCCAAAUAAUUGGGAAAGACCUGAGGAAUUUAUUCCCGCUAGACAUUUAGAGGAACAUAAAAUGAAGGCUGAUAGGAAUGCAUACAUUCCGUUUGGUGGUGGACCAAGACUUUGUCCUGGAAAAAAUUUUGCAAUGGCAACACUCAAGCUUUUGACAGCUUUACUUUUCCGACGAUUCGAUAUUGAAUUAGUUGAUAAGAAUGCGCCACUUAAAACAUCAUUCACCAUGGUUAGACAUUGUGAAGAGUUGAAAGUUAAUAUUCGACCCAAGAUACCCAUUGCUGGGUGA